CUCUGAAGGGCAGCCACAGCCAGCCUUGCAGACCAAGAACCAACAGGAGAGAAGGAAGAGCACUGAGGCCAAAGAGAUUCAUCCCACUGAGAGCUGCCAGAGAAACACAGACCAUGAUCCGGGGAAACCAUGCACCUCAGACAGCAGGAGUCAGCCACCAGACGAUGAGCCUCCCAGUGAAGCAGGCCUCCCACAGGUCAGACUGAAGGAGCCCGUGGCAGCACCCAGUUCAGGGACACACAAGAACAGCCCCCAGGAAGCAGUGCCCCCCAAGCCCAUGGCAACUGCACAUGAGAGGAAGGCCCCUCCCCUCGUGCCAUCUGCACCAGGAUCUCGAACACACAAAGACAGAGGUGAGGCUGUGGAAACCAAGGCAACCCGCAAGGUCUCUUCCUCCUCCAGAGGUGAGAGAUGUGGAGAGGAAGGAACUGAGCCAAGGGCAGAAGCAACGACAGCAGGCUCUCGCAGCUGCAGGCACCCAGGGCUCUGGGAGCCACCGACGGGGCUUCAUGAAGUGUCUCCUGGAGGCAGAGGAGCAGGAGGAAACCACCCACCGGAGGACUUUGAAGACCCGGUCCCUGACAAGCCGGAGGUCCCCCAGGACCUUGACUUCUGUAUCUACCUCAGGCCCCAUCAACAGCUCAGUUCCAACCUUACCUCUCACCCUGCAUGAGUCCUCCACCUCAGCUCCAGCUACUGUCCCACCGUGGGUCAGACAACCAGCCCAUGGGCAAGCCCCAGCCACUAUGGGGUCCCCUGGCUCAGUCCUGUCAGCUCCCACCCAAGACCUGAGCUGGAGAUGGCCAGAGUUCUUGCCCCAGAGCAAUGAGAGAAGCCUGAACUACGCCAAGCCACGGCAGGAACCGGAAGAGCAUGGCCUCUUGAAACUGUAUCAAAGCUGGGAGGAGCGGACUGAAGAGCACCUCACCCUGAAGCAGGAGGAAGCCUUCCGCAGCUACUUCGAUAUCUUCAAUGGUCCUGGCGAGGUGGAUGCACGGAGCCUCAAGAACAUCUUGCUCCUAAUUGGCUUCAACCUUACCCCAUCCCAGGUGGAAGAAGCCCUGAUGAGUGCCGACGUGAAUGGAGAUGGUCAUGUGGAUUUCAAAGACUUUUUGGCUGUGAUGACUGAUACCAAGCGCUUCUUUUGCUCCAUGGAACAGAAUGUCUUGAUGGAUAUGUCGCCCCCAAACCCCUACACACUGUUCUUUGAGAUCCUCUCUCUGCUGGUGGAGAUGCUGGCCCUGCCGGAGGCGGCCCUAGAGGAGAUCACAAACUACUACCAAAAGAAGCUGAAGGAAGGUUCCUCUAAGGCCCGAGAAAUGGAAUCGUCUAUAGGCGGGCUGCAAUCAACCAAGAAGCUUUCUUACAACACGCAGCAAGUAAACAACUUAGAAGUCCCAGAACGGAGGAUCCUCAGGAUCCUGAACCGGCUGAAACAGCAGAACUAUGCUGCCAAUCUGCAGAGCCCCUAUGCCCAGGUGCCCUGCAUCCCACUCUGCCCAAGGCUGGACAAGAAGACAGUCCGUCGAAAGCAGGGUAGCCAUAACCAUUCUGUGCUGGAUCAGUGUGUUCCCACAAGCCUGGGCCCUGACUUCCAUGGCCUCCUCUUCCAAUCAGGACAGCAAGGAAGCAGGGAACACAGCUCUGACGGCAGAAAGUGGCUUAGCUCUGUGCCAGCCCGAACCCACUGAUCCUCUGGAACCCUGGCUCCACAAGUCUGGGGCCUACAGACAGCUGGGCCACAGGGCAGGGGCUGGCAUUGGGAGUUUGCUUUCGUGGCCUGGUAAGCCAAUAAACACCAAGAACCUCAGCCUCUGUAUUGGAUGUCAGUGAAGCAACCUCCCUUCCCUCUGCCCGCCCAUUUUUACAACCCUCUAUGACUUGAAGAGCUCCAGCAUGCCUCCUCUAGGGCUGAGUCUGAGGCAGGACUCACUGAAACCCUGUCCAGCGGACUUGGGGCUUCCUACUGCAACUGCCCUUGACUCCCCACUCAGACUUGGGAGCCCUACAAGGGGUUAAGCUUAGUACCUCAGAAAACCUCAGCCUCUGCAGGAACAGGAACCCCCAGGGCUGGACAAGCAACCCACCGUAUGAGAUAGCAAGCCAGAAACGAGAACAAAUGUCUGACAAGUUUAAAACAUGUAUUUAAAAUACAAUUUAUAAAAUGCUUAAUCUGCCGACUCAGGAGCCCGCGGUGGGGGUUAGGGUGGGGAGCUGCCUGCUACACCAGCAGAGCGAGACUGCAGGGUGCGGCCCUCCCUCCCAGUCCCUUCUGUACAGAUGCCCUAGGGUACUCCCUGGGGCCAAAUGACCAGAAGCAGGAUCCUGGAGGUUUUCUUGAGUCUCUGCUUACCAGGGAGACUGGAUACAGCCCUGCCGGCCCAUCCCUGAGCAGAGCACCCCCAGAUGGGGCAGAGCAGGGUAUGGCGGGGCAAGACAGGGCUGGGCGGGACAGGUGGGCUCUGGAAGGGGCUGAUGGCAGCAGAUAGGGUGUUGCCGCCUGCCUGCAGGUGGGGAGCACCCUGACUGAGGGGACUGAGAAGGGCUGGUCACCAGACCCGGACCCCCAGCUCCUUUGGUUAUAGGCUGACAUCAGAGUAGUGGCUCAUGGGAAGCGGUUAGCCGGAAGGGCUGAGGCCUGGCUCAUGGGGUCCAGGAAGAGCUGGGGGAAGGGACAGUACCGUGAAGGCAGACAAAGGGGCAGCAGCCUCAGGUUCCUGCCCCUCAUCCCCCUGGGGAUUUCCAAGCCAAAGCCUGCAACUUACUUAAAAGACCAAAAGA